GCUGGCCCAUCGAGCAAGAUGGAGAAAUCAUCGUUUUCGCACGCAGAGGCAGCAGGUGGACUCGAACAUUCGCUGCUCCAAUUGAUCUCCGAUCACCAUAGCGCCACCCUCCGACUCCGAGAAAAAACCGAGAAGGCGAAGAAAGAAGCGAUUAAGAAUUCGGUGAGGGUUUCUGAUCUGCUAGUCGAUGCCGUCAAUGGAGGCGUCCAAGAAGCAUUCAUUUAUGAGAAGCGUAUUGAGCUCGAGACAAGGGCUUUAGCGGCAUCAGUUGCGCGGUUUGGGAAGCAGACCGAUCAGUGGCUUGCUGCUUCUCAUGGAAUCAACACGGCCUUGAAGGAAAUUGGAGACUUUGAGAACUGGAUGAAGACGAUGGAAUAUGAUUGUAAGAGGAUCAGUGCUGCAAUAUGCAACAUCUACCAGGAGUAAUCUCUUCCCAGGCAAGAUGCAAAAACCUAGAGCCUAUUGUUGUUAUUAUUAUUAUUAUUGUUGGAGCUUUAGCAGAUGAUGAUGAUGAUUUAGUUCUUGAUUUGUUUAGGUUCGCUCAUUAACAAUGGUAAAUAACAGUGUACCAGAAUUGCUUGUUUCUUCUCUUUAUUGUUUGUCACUACUA